GAUCAGAAACGAAUCAAAACUCGAACCCAACCCAAUUGACGACAUACAGGCGGCGCAGGGAGCCCUGGCAGAGCCAGUUGCCGUAGCCGAGGGGAGGCAAGCAAGCAAGCAAGGUUUGAUCAGAGAAGGGAAGGGCAGCGUGAAAGAGGUACGUAGUAAGUUUCCUAGUUUCCGAGAGGGAGGGAGGGAGGGAGGGAGGAGCAACGAUGCCCGACCAGCUUGUUACAUGUGAUGAGAGUGGGACGUCGGUAUAUGUGGUCUACUUCCACCCUGCUUACCUUGCCCCCAAAGACCUCAAGACCGAGUCACUCUACACAAUCCAUGCUUUCCCUGUUACCCAUCUUCCUCAUGAGCCCUUGCCACAACAGCCCGUCCUCACUCUCCGGCCCCGUGAUCUCCCAAUAGGAAUGGGUUUCGCAUGCAUUGGCUCCUCAAUCUACAUGAUUGGAGGCAGGUGGUGUUUUCCUUCCCCAAGAAAAGAUCCCUCUCUUGACGUUUAUAUCCUCGACACACGCCUUCUCCCCCCAGCCACCUCACAUCCCGUAGAGAACCCCCUCGCCUAUCUGCGGAAGGGGCCUAGUCUGAGAGCCCCCAAAAUUGACCCACUUGUCAUCCCUCUCCUUGGGAAGCUGUACCUGCUCCCAAAGUCGUUCGCUCCUUCUUCUUCUGAUAAGGACGGACCAUGGGCUGAAGUUUUCGACCCAUGCUCCGAUGAGUGGGUGUCCCUCCCCGAACCCAAACUCGAUCCUGAUGACUUCACUUUACCGAGCGAUUACAUAGUGCGAUCUUGCAAUGCUAUGGGAUCUUGCAUUGUACUGAUGCUGGGCUGCUAUCUGGUCUACGAGCUGGAUUGCAACCAUCCAUGUGAAGGAUGGAAGAAGAGCUCGAGGUUUGGCUGGUUGCCGGAGGUUCAGCAAACUCGUGGGUCCGAAGUUGUGGAUGGUCUUUGGUAUCCUUGGUUUCCGUUCCCAUGGUUUCCGUUCCCAUCUCACCUCGAAGGGGCCUGUCUCUUGGCCUGCGAUCUUGCACAGGAGAACAAGGAUCGGCCACCGGAAUUCAUCCCGGUUCGCCAUACUGGACCUGGGAAAAUAGGCAGUAAAAUCUAUUCUGGGCAGCGCAGGGUGCUGGAUAUUGGGGGUGGGCAGGCUGUGAUUUUCUCGUGUGGUUUCAUCAAAAAUACUGAUCUAAUGGCACAUGACUAUGGAAAGUUGCGUUUCACUUUUGACGUUGUUCGUCUGGAAAAGAAAACUGGUGCUGAUGAGAGGAAGAGAAAGCAGCGUGGCAAUCCAAAGGGUCGUUUUAUCAAUUGUGUCCUGCUUAGAUCAUUGAGCUAUGUGGUUGGGGAGGUCGGCUCUAGUGGAUACCUCUGCGGUUGUUUUCCCAUGAGAGGAGAGGCUCAAAGUUCAGGGGGAGGUACUUCUAUGGAUUGAUUCUUACUCAAAUAGCAGCAGGUUUGACGAGGGAUUUUGGCUUCUCCCGCUCUCAGUGGUUCCCUUUCUAGGGCCUGCUCUCUAUCUCAUUCUACGGCCAUGGUUUCUCGGCAACACCGAGCUGUUGCUUCCGAACAAGAAUAGAGGAACACAAUCUGCCAACGUGAGAAAACAGGGUGCUCCCGGUUUCUUAUCUUUUUUGUUAAGACUCCACACAAAAGAAUUGCCCAUGCAACGACUCGACAGAGAUCACAGUUUGAUUGAACAUAGUGCUAAUGUUUUGGUAUUGAAGAGCAAAUUCUGUAUAUCGACAUUUCUGUAACUUAUUAUACAACCAAAUACAUACAGAAGGAAACGAAACGGUUUUAAGUGGAAAGCAGAGCAAACUAAAGGGGAACAAUCCUUGACCAGACUA